CACCACUUCGUGGCAAGUCGAAAUCAUCAUCACCUCUUCGUGCACUUCGUCAUCGACUUGACUUAGAACAUCUCAUGCUGCGCCCAUCUUUGUUCGCCCGGCGUUUCUUGUCGACGUCAUCUACCUUCACGCCGCGCAAUGCGACGCCUGAGACCGUUGACAAGCUCCGCCAACUCUUGGGCGAUCGGCUCUCAACCGCCACAUCCGUGCGCGAGCACCACGGCAAAGACGAAUCGUAUCACUCUGCACCCCCGCCGGACGCAGUGGCCUUUGUGACCAGUACCGACGAAGUGUCCAAGGUGCUGCAGAUCUGCUCCGAGGCCAAGACGCCCGUGAUUCCGUUUGGCGCUGGGUCGUCCUUGGAAGGACACAUCUCGGCGGUCUGCGGCGGCAUUUCCCUCGACCUCACAGGGCUAAACGCGAUUUUGAACGUCGAGCCCGAAAACAUGAGCUGCCGAGUGCAAGCCGGCGUCACGCGCCUGCAGCUCGAGUCGGAAUUGCGAGCCACGGGCCUCUUCUUUCCUGUCGAUCCCGGCGCCGACGCCACCCUCGGAGGCAUGGUUGCCACCAACGCUUCGGGCACCACCACUGUUCGCUACGGCAACAUGAAAGCGAACGUUCUUGCCCUCACAGCAGUCCUUGCCAAUGGCCAAGUCAUUCAAACUGGCUCGAGAGCUCGCAAAUCGUCCGCUGGGUAUGACCUCACGCGGCUUCUUAUCGGUUCAGAGGGCACGUUGGCAGUCGUGACCGAGGUGGAAUUGCGACUUCACGGCGUACCCGAGCUCCAGCGGCUGGCGGUGUGCAGCUUCCCGUCCAUCCAGCAGGCUGUGGACACAUGCACCGCCAUCAUGCAGAUGGGCAUUCCCGUCGCGCGCAUGGAGUUUAUGGACGAACAUACGAUGGCCGCGACCAACAAAUACUCUAAACUCCACAACGCAGAGCUUCCAUCGCUCGUGAUCGAGUUGAAUGGCACAGCCGACGACAUUGAAAACCAAACGUCCAUGGUCGAAGCAUUGACCGAAGAAUACGAUGUGCAAAAGGUCGAGUGGGCAACGUCCACCGAAGACCGUGCGGAAUUGAUGAAGGCCCGCCAUGCCGCGUGGUAUGCCACGUUGAAUUUGGUGCCUGGGAGUCGUGGCUUGUCUACCGAUGUGUGCGUGCCGUUGUCCAAGCUGACGCAGGUGAUUGUCGACACCCAAGCCGACUUGCAAUCGUCCAAUCUCAUUGGCAACAUUGUCGGACAUGUGGGAGAUGGCAACUUUCACGUGAUGCUGCCGUUCGUUCCUGCCGACUAUCCCCAGAUCCAAGCCUUCAGCGACCGCCUGAUUGAGCGGGCGCUGGCAGCCGGCGGCACAUGCACUGGCGAGCAUGGCAUUGGUCUGGGGAAGAAAAAGUACUUGGCGCUCGAGCACGGAGGCGCCACGACCGACGUCAUGCGGGCCAUCAAGGCGGCGUUGGACCCGCAUGAGAUUCUCAAUCCUGGCAAACUGUUCUAAGUGUAUGACAACACGAUACAGUGUAGAGUAGGAGCACUGUACUACUGUAAUGACCAAAUAGAGUGUCUGGCUCUGGUACCUCGAGUCGUCGUG